AUGUCCUCCCUCGUAUCCGAGUUCCUCAUCAACCCCGUUUUGCGACAGGCUCGCCGAUUCUCGGAGAUAUCCCGCUCGACUUUUGCCGGCGAUGACGACCAAGCAAACCCAACACCUGCGCCAGAUGCCGUGAGCGAUCCUGGCCACGCCGAAGAUGCGGCUCCGGAACAGGCGGGUGCGCCUUCGCAAACGCCCGGACCCCGGCCUCUCAGCACCUCGACGCAAGAGACAAGCGUCGAAGAAUUCGAAGAGGCCACGACGAGCCCCGCCAUCCUUGACGAAAUUUCUCGAGACCAUCUCGGCUUCCCUCCAACCCCCAGAAAAGGUCGAGGCAUUCCCGAAGACGACGGUAUGCGCGAGCUGCGGAGGCGCAUUCAUGCCAUCAACGACCUAGAGAUACCGUCCUCGGAGAAAGCCAGGCUCAUUCAUGAGGCACUGCUCGAGGGAUACCGUGCUUCCCAAACCGCUUCACGCGACGGAGCGAGCCCCCUUAAUGCCGAGCCGGCCGGCCCGACCUGGGAACAUACAAACUCGGCGCGACCCCUGGAUUCUCUCAAGUUUUGGCACAGUCAGUUUGGCGAUUCGCCGUCUGCCGAAAAAUUUGUCCUGUCCGAGAACGAUAUUGCACCGACCUAUGCGCCCAUCCGUCAGUCCAAAAGCCCCGGCAGCGCAACUCCGACUAAGUCGCCGACCACGCCGCCAGGCCUGAGUCCCCCGCUUGGAUGUCAACACUACGAACGCAACGUCAAACUGGAGUGUUCCACAUGUUACAAGUGGUAUACCUGUCGCUUUUGUCACGACGCCCAAGAGGACCACGGCUUGGUUCGCAAGGACACGAGGCAUAUGCUCUGCAUGCUGUGCGGGACGCCCCAGAAGGCAUCCGAUGUCUGCAUCAGUUGCGGAGAAGUGGCGGCGCAAUACUACUGCAACAUCUGCAAGCUAUGGGAGAACCGGCAAAGCAAGCCCAUAUAUCAUUGCAGCGACUGCGGAAUCUGUCGGCGCGGGCUGGGUCUCGGCAAAGACUUUUUCCACUGCAAGACCUGCCGUGCGUGCAUCACGACCUCUAUCCAGAGCUCGCAUAAAUGCAUCGAACGGUCGACGGACUGCAACUGUCCGAUCUGCGGCGAGUACAUGUUUACCUCGCCCAAGCCUGUUGUCUUCAUGAACUGCGGCCACAGCAUCCAUAAGAAAUGUUAUGACCAGCACAUGAAGGUCUCGUACAAGUGCCCGAUUUGCAACAAGAGUCUCGCCAACAUGGAGACGCAGUUUCGCAACAUGGACGUGGCCAUCCAGAGCCAGCCUAUGCCUCCGGAAUUUCGAGACACCAAGGCCACCGUUCUCUGCAAUGACUGUUCGGGGAAAUGUACCGUCCCCUAUCACUGGCUGGGUCUGAAGUGCUCCAUAUGCCGGUCAUACAACACGGUUGAGCUUCAAAUACACAGCGAGGAGGGCGAGCAAGUCCGAGCCGCCGCCGAGAGGCCGGAGCCUUCGGUCGAAGCGACUCCGCAGUCCAGUCAAGACCCGUCUCGGCCGACAGCGUUCUCGACGAGCUCACGUGCUGCCGGUAGUGCCCUACUCUUCAACAGACGGCGCCACUCGUCACAUGGGGUAGAGCUUCAGUACCGCGCCCCGGACAGGAUCGCACGGUCAUUGUCUCCGCUUGCCCUUGGCAUGGAUUCGCACCUACCGCACAUGGCCGUGUAUAUGGACUCGGAAGACGACAUUCUCGGGUUUUGGCGAGGCAACGAAGAAGACGGCGAUGAGGAUUCAGAUGACCAGUGCGAGUCGGACUCGGACCAGGAUGGCAGCGCCAGUGCGCCAGACGUCGAUGACGAUGAGGACGACGACGACGACGAGAUCAUUCUCAUUGGACACAGGUAA